AUGGCCUCUGUCUUCACAUACGACCCUGACCCUCCCCGGGUCUCCUCGCCCUGGAUUCUGGCCGACGAUGCAGACAGCCCUCAGGGAUCCGGAGCGGCGGUGACUCAGACCGGCUUGCUGUCUGAGUAUGGUGUCACGAGGCUUGAAGCUGAGCCGCAGACCGGCCCAAUCGAAUACAAGCUGCAUUUGCUCUUGCGGUCGCGGCGCAGCUAUGUGUACAUGAGUACCGUGCAUCCGAAGAGAGACAGGCUUCAUGCCCAGCCUGGGGAUGGGUCGGCAAUGUACUCUGCGUCUCCUGCAUCGUCGAAUCAACCGCGCCAGGAGCGUCUCCAGCGUCUUACAACGCAGCUGCUAUGGCGCUUGCAACAGUCGUCGCCGUAUCAUGCGACAAGCUCCAGAGAAGUGAGAAUACCAAAGUUAUCAGACGGCAAAGAUGAUGCCAAUUUGGAUCUCUACGGCACCCAGAUCCCCGGACUUGAAGAGUCGCAGGGUGCCUUGUACGAGAUAGGUGUCUCUGAUGACGGAACACUCAUUGGGCUCACCAAAGAUGAGCUGGAUGAGAGUAUCGCUACUCUCAGGAUCAUGGCCGCGAGCCUUGGAUGCGGCAUUACCGUACUGCGAAUGGUAAUAGUGGGUGACUGUGAAUGGAUUGAAAUAGCAGAGGUCGAUGGCAAUGCUACCAAGAACCCAGUUCAGGUUUCUAAACACGAUAAACUCUGGGUGGCUGAAGCAUUGAUAACGCCCAAUACCGAGCUGCAGCAUUCAAAAAAUUUCAAUGAGAGCGGGAGCUACAAAGGAUCUAAUGGUGGAACUCCUCUGCAAUCUUCUACGUCAAACACAGUUCCAGGCCAUGCCAAGUCUACAACUCCGCAGCUGCGAGUUACCUUGACGGGCCCUAUAGCGUCAGGGAAAUCAAGUCUCUUGGGAACGCUAUCUACGGGUACUUUGGAUAAUGGUCGAGGCAAAAGUCGCUUGAGUUUGUUGAAGCAUCGCCAUGAGAUGGCAUCCGGAAUGACCAGCUCCAUUGCACAAGAGCUCAUCGGAUACGAGGGAAGGCACAUAUUCAGCUUUUCUCAUCGUAACAUUGAAUCAUGGGUUGACAUUCAUGACUACUCUAGCAAUGGCCGACUUGUGUUUAUGUCUGACUCGGGUGGCCACCCGAGGUAUCGACAUACAGUCUUCCGCGGGCUUAUGAAUUGGGCGCCGCAUUGGAUGGUUCUCUGCAUUGCUGCAGAUGACGCCGAGGUGACUCCUCGAGCUCAUGAAACAGCUUCCUCUGCAAUAGAUUCGGGAGAUACUGACUUGGUGAAAGCCCAUUUGGAUCUGUCGCUCAAGCUCGAUGUCCCAUUAGCUAUUGUCAUUACGAAACUAGAUCUCGCGUCUAAAGUAGCCUUGCAGAAGACUAUGACAAAAAUCCUCGCCGCCAUAAGAGAUGCACAUCGCAUACCGAAGCUCCUGCAGCCUGAUCAGCAGCCACAGGAUCAGUUGGCAGAAAUUCCACAGACGGACUGGGACAAAGUGAAUAGCCUGGUUAAGAGCAUGUCCGAGAAUGGAGGCCUACUGAAGCAUGUCCCUAUUGUUUUUACGAGUGUCUUGAAGGGCGUUGGCGUCGGUCUUGUUCAUGCUUUACUAGCAAGUCUGCCUCUACCGGCGCAUGAUUCUACAGAAACAACUCUGCAGCCAGGGCAACCGACAAACCUUUUCCAUAUUGAUGACACAUUCAGCUUGUCUAGAUCGUUGGAUGAUUCACCAUCUGCUGAAGGGGUCAUUGUAUCCGGCCAUGUUCGACUCGGUAGCUUCUCUGUCGGGCAAACCAUCGUUGUAGGACCAUUCUGGUCGGGUCAAAAUCGCACCUCGAGCUCCGAAGGUCAUUCAUCGGCCGACGAUCGUGGAUCGCCAAUGCUGAAUGCAGCGUUAGCCGAACAUGUCAAAAGCGCCCGGACGGAUGGUACACCACCAUCCAUUGCGGCGGAUGAAUGGCAGAAAGGGCGGAUCGUGAGCAUCCGUAACCUUCGACUGCCUGUAGGAACACUGGAAGCUGGCCAAGUUGGAUCAAUAGGCCUCGUGUUUGAGCCAAGCCAAGCCGAACUCACUCCCUUGACGGAUACUCCUCAGAUUCAGAGAGGGAUGGUGAUGGCGACGCUACCAAUUGAUACACUUGGCAAUGAAAUCCCCAUUCAGGCUUCACGUGGGUUUACGGCGACUUUUGACGAAGGUGCUGCUCAGUUUUCUCCGCCGGGCACAACAGUUAAUGUGCUGUUUGCUUGUGUCAGAACUGCUGCCCGAAUCCUCGACAUAUUCGUUCAGCAUCGUGCCGGAACAAGUGAGGCCGGAGAUGGUGCGGGAGACACCGUGACCAAAGUGUCAGUGGAAUUCGUUCAUAGUCGAAAGUGGGCAGAGCUAGGGACAUCAGUCAUCAUGAUGGGAAAUAGUAGUCAAGAUGGAUCGGGUUUGCAGGGUUUUGUUGGAAAGAUCACGGAGCUUGUGUGCUGA